AUGCCCAGACGCUCGUCUGAGGAUUCGGGUGCUGCUACUACUGAAGACAUUACUUCUCUCAAUCAACUUUGGGAUACCCUUCGGCAACAGAAGCAACGCAAGAUGGCCAAGGAGACUCCAAAAGUGAACUCCUUGAAGGCGCCAACGCCUUCACAUUCGCCUGCUCCAUCACGAACCCCAGAUCCUCUAGUAGGAGUGAGGAAAGUGACAACCCCUCAACCCAUCAAGAGGCGAAAGUCAAACGUCUCGUUUCGAGAGUCCCGCGAUGGUCGUACGGUCACAGCGACCUUUGACCUACCGGGCAUUAAAAAACAUAACGCCCAUGUUAGUUAUCGUGGCAGUCAUCUGACUGUGACCUGGGAAACAGUGAAAAUCACUGAGAUCGAUGAGGGAGGAACACUUGUAAGGGAACGAGAGAAAAAGGAGUUCUCGAGGACUAUUCCUCUUCCAGAUGGAACCAAGUUUGAAGAAGUGGGUGCACGUAUGGACGAUCGUUAUUUGAUCCUGACGUACCCCAACAUGCGGUCGGUACGAGUGGAGCCUCGACAGAUCGGCUCCCGUCAGGUUGAGCCUCGUCGCAUAGAGCCCACGGAGAUCGAAGUCUCAGAUGUAUAUGAAUAUUAG